UUCUCUUGUUUUGACUUGUAACCACAAAUGUGUCUUCUCUAAAUGUCCAAUCAUAUUAUAAAUCAAAGCUUGCAUUUGGUGGGGAUAUCUAUACUAUAAGAUACUUUGCAGUGGGGAUGUAAGUUGCAACUUAAAGUUAUAUUGGAUGACUCCAUUAUUUCUACCAUUCCAUAGGUUUUUAAACUGUAUUCCUUUGAAGAAAGACAAGAUGAUCCUGGAAAUGCUCAAUCCAAUGCAUUACAACUUCACAGGCAUGGUACCCGAGGCAAUGCCAGCUGCUACUAUGCCAAUUCUCCUCAUCACCUGCUUUCUCCUCUUGAUUUGGAGUUAUGAAGACACUUCCUUAAUACCAGGUCCUGGUUACUGUAUGGGAAUUGGACCCCUCCUUUCACAUGGUAGAUUCCUGUGGAUGGGAAUUGGCAGUGCCUGUAAUUAUUACAACAAGAUGUAUGGUGAAUUUAUGAGAGUAUGGAUCUGUGGAGAGGAGACACUCAUUAUAAGCAAAUCUUCAAGUAUGUUCCAUAUAAUGAAACAUAGUCACUAUAUUUCUAGGUUUGGAAGCAAACUUGGGUUACAGUGUAUUGGAAUGCAUGAAAAUGGUGUCAUAUUUAAUAAUAACCCAGCUCUCUGGAAAGUUAUUCGACCUUUCUUUACAAAAGCUUUGUCUGGGCCAGGCCUUGUGCGCAUGGUGGCUAUUUGUGUUAACUCAACUGUAAUUCAUCUGGACAAACUGGAGGAUGUCACCAAUGAAUUGGGUUAUAUCAAUGUGCUGAACCUCAUGAGACGCAUUAUGUUGGAUACCUCCAAUAUCCUCUUCUUGGGGAUCCCUCUGGAUGAAAAUGCAAUUGUGAUCAAAAUACAGAACUAUUUUAAUGCUUGGCAAGCUCUCCUUCUCAAACCAGACAUCUACUUUAAGAUAUCUUGGCUAUACAAAAAGUAUGAAAAGUCUGUCAAGGAUUUGAAGGAUGCCCUAGAAAUUUUAAUAGAAGAAAAAAGACACAGACUUUCCAAAGAUGACAAACUGGAAGACUGCAUGGAUUUUGCUUCACAAUUAAUUUUUGCCCAGGGGCGUGGAGACUUGACAGGGGAGAAUGUGAACCAAUGCAUCCUGGAAAUGUUGAUUGCUGCCCCUGACACUCUGUCUGUCACUGUGUACUUCAUGUUAUUGUUGAUUGCAAAGCACCCAAAGGUUGAAGAAGCAGUAAUGAAUGAAAUACAGACUGUUAUUGGUGAGAGAGACAUUAAGAUCGGUGAUGUGCAAAAAUUAAAAGUGGUUGAAAAUUUCAUUUAUGAGAGCAUGAGAUACCAACCUGUUGUGGACUUGGUCAUGCGCAAGGCUUUGCAAGAUGAUGUGAUUGAUGGUUAUCCAGUGAAAAGGGGAACUAACAUUAUCUUGAAUAUUGGAAGGAUGCAUAAACUUGAGUUUUUUCCCAAGCCAAAUGAAUUUACUCUUGAAAACUUUGCAAAGAAUGUUCCUCAUCGUUAUUUUCAACCAUUUGGUUUUGGGCCCCGUGGCUGUGCAGGAAAAUACAUUGCCAUGGUAAUGAUGAAAGUCAUCCUUGUUACAGUUCUGAAGAGGUUUCGUGUGCAGACAUUGACAGGAUGCUGUCUUGAACGUGUUCAGAAAAAAAAUGACUUGUCUUUGCAUCCAGAUGAAACUAGGGACUUUCUGGAAAUGAUUUUUAUUCCAAGAAAUAAAGAAAAAUGCCAAGAACAAUAAAGAUGAUUAUUCAGCAUCUUCUUGAGAACAUUCCUCAUCUGUAGUCCAUCUGACAAACAACCACCCUUCCCAGGUAGUAUCAUUCUUAUGAUGAAUAUUUAGCUGCCUAUAAUGUUUUGCAGGCCCAGAAACUAUAGGUUAUCAACAAAUUGGAAUUCUAUCAUCUUCAAAUAGGGACAACAGACUGCAGGAAAAAGACAUUUUUUGUUUGGGGCGAAACUGUUAACCAAGAAAAACUAUAGCCUUUUUAAGGACCCAGUUCCACAGAUGUAUUUUGUGAAGGAUGGGCCCCCAGUAAAUCUCUGUUCUGAAUUGUCAUGGGAUCUCUGGUGACCUAUCUUUAAGAGCUUUUGAAGGGAUAUUGCAGAUAUUAUUUAAGGCUGUAUGUACUGCUGUAUGUACCCAACAGCAUGAAUUGGAGAACUCAAACAACUAUCCAAGUAAUUUGGGCAAAAGAAAUCUGUUGUGGAUAAAAAAAGAUUUGGGGGCAUGACUCAUCCAGCUUUUCCUACACAGAUUAAAUGUAAUGGGAAAAUGCUUAGAAAUGCAGCAUUUGACUUUGUAUAAUAGCCACAAACUAUACACAGUUAACUCUUGAUUAUCCAUUGUAGAAAGUAAAUCUAUUUGGGAGAAGGGGGCAGCAAUCCAAAGUUGAAUAUGAAGACCUUAAAAAUUAUCUAAAUCUUAUAGCACUAGUAUGAAUUUUGGAGAGUUAAGUAUGAAAUAUUAAAAUUGUAACUAUAUUGAAAUCACUUAGCUUAUGUCUCCAUACUCAUUCCUUGAAGUUGGAGGGGAGACAGGAGAAAUGAAUUUUAAUUCUUCAGUACCCUGGCUCUUGAGUUAGUAUAAAAUCAUUCCAGAAUCUGUCUCCCAUAUUCUUCAUCCACCAUCAUUUAUCCUCCUUUUCCUCAUGUCUCACUUUUCCCCCCAAGUUUCUUCAUCCUUUCUCUCAAUACUCCCCAAAUCUAAGGUGGCAAAUGAAUGGGGAACAGAAUUAAAGUGGAAACUAUUCCAGUCUUUUUUUUUCUACCUCAUCAAAGAAUAACUAGAGACUUGGCAGUUAUGUGGUUUAUUUCUCCACUGCAUAGCCACGAACAAAAUUUGUAGUUAGAAUGUAGAGAAUAGUUGUCUACAGUAAUCAAACUGAGUAAUUACUGAAAAUCCACUUGAAUUCCUACCCUGCAGACAUUGUGGCUACAGCUAAAUAAUACCAAACAAAAAUAUAAAACCGAAAAUUUUCACUAUUAUCUAGACAUUUGUAAAUAUCCAGAUAUUUGGCAUCAAAUAGACCAACCAUUUUGAUAUUUGACUGAAUUUUGAGUUUUUAUCCUGAAGGUUGGCAUUGUACAGAUCUAAUGUAUGUGAAGGAAAAUAUUGUAAGUUCCUAGAGAGCAGGGACUAUGCUGCCUAUUUUUAUUUUGUAUCCUUCAUGCAGCAUCUAGUACACACAUUGAGUACUCAAUCAGCAUCUUUGACUGAUGCCAGGAGCCAAAUAAAAGUGCAGAGUUGAGGCAAUUAUCCAGAGAAUUCAGGGAAUGAGUACCAGCUACUUAAGAAAAGAAAAUUUUAUUAACUUAAAUUGUUUAGAUUGUCUACAUGACUCAGAUUCACUAGAUAAUUGCCCAACCAUUCACUUACUUAUGUCUGUGUGAACAUGGAUAUAUCUGAAGCCAGUCAUACAAUCACAGUUAACUAAAUAAUUCAAACCUUCAAAAGGAGCAUUGGUGUUUUAGGUUUGCAUUAUUCAUUGUUGCCAUGCUUAGAUUCACUCAGUGCUUACUGCCCUCAUCUUUUCUUAGCUUUUCUCUAGAGCUACAUAAUGCAGGCUGAGCAGGCUUGGAGCCAAAUUACUACUGUUUUCUUGCCACAAAGUAGAGCUUUAGAGGCCAGCCAUGGUAAAUCAGAUGUACCAGAUGUGUUGAUGUUUUACAAUCUAGAAAGAGCUUAUGUUUACACAUCCAUUUAUAAUGGAAAGCUGAGGCAACUUUAUGGAUAAUGCAGUCAAAAGCCUACUGAGGAAAAAAGUAUGAAGUUUCCAUCUUAUCAGCAUUGACUCUGUAAAAACCAAAUAAUCUGAAAUGACUGUUCGGAUCUUUGCUAUACUUUGUCUAACUAGACAAUACUUGUAUGUUGUAUCGGCCUGGCCCCAGGUAUUUGAAGUAGCAUUAAUUUUUCAAAAGACUGUUGAGAGUCAAAAACUUGAAAAUUCAAUUUUCUCCAUAAAUUUUGCCUUAUGUUUUCAAAAGCUUAAUGGCCAUCUUUGAAUUUGCUAUGAACUGUAUUUUAUCAUAAUUCUAUAAGCAUCUGAAUGUGUAUGGUAUCAAUGAAAUGCAUGAACUAAGGGCUUUCUCUAGGGUCAAAUUAAGUCUCCUGAGCAUGCCAUAAAUCUUCCAUCAUGUAUGGCACUCAAGGAGUUUCAUAGUGUUAUCUCUUUGACACAGAAGAGAGAAGAAGAUUUCUUCUUCCUUGUUUUCCAUAACAGUAAGGACUGAAGUGAAGAACAUACAUUCACAUAUGCAUGUACAUGCAUGUAUACACACAAACACACCCUUCUAGUUUCCUGCCAUCACUAGCACUCUAGCGUACAAAACUCACAAAAUAUCGUGAUCACAGGGAGAAAAUGAGCUGGUGAACCUCUUACAGAGUAGUCAGUUUGCUUUAUUCUGCAUCAGACCUUGUCCCCUAAGCCCAGGGUGUUGGUGGAUGCAUUAAUUGUACUGUGCAACAUAGCACAUAUGGGCAAUGAUUUUCUCUCUCAUUUAAUAAUUUACUAGAAAUCCCCACUUUAGGCCCAACCCAUGUUCUUUUACCCAGAAGAAAUUUACUUUACUCAAGUAAAAUUCCUGCUAGCAUUUUCUAAGAAAUAACCUUUACAUUUCAUGGCCCUGUUAUCUACCUUUGACACAUGGGAUUGAUCCAUUUGUAAGAAUACAGAGCGUGGAUAUAUAGCACAUUAAAGGAUACAUAGGACUUUCUUCACAAUAAUUCUGUGAAAUAGUGUCUUGCCCAUGGUCACAUAAUUAUUAAGUCUGAGGUAUGUGUUGAAUCCAGAUCCUCUCACAGUUAGUUCAAUGCCUCUUCAUUGUUGCCUCCUUUUAUUCUAUAGAAUCUGAGGGUGCUAAAUAGGCUCUCCUCCAGUAUGGGAUCACAGUCUUAGAGGUUGAAAGGUUUUCUAGUCCUGUACUUUCAUAUCACAAAUGAGAAAAUUGAGGCUCAAAGAGUAGAAAGGUAAAGAGGUGAAUUAAAUGACAGUCACAUUUAAGCCUAUGUCUCCCGCCUCCAGAAUUAGUAAUCUUUCCACUGUACCUAUAUCUUAAGUCUAUGGUAUUUCAUACCUUCUUGUUGUUUCCAGAGAGCAACUCCAAAUUAGAUUUGAUACAAAUAAUGAAUUGCUUGGUUUUGAAAUAGUAUUUUUAGUUGGAUUUAUUUCAAAGAAACUUAGUCAAUGACUAAACCUAAAAAUCAAAUAUUACCCUUAUCCUAAUUCCUUCAUGUUCAUCAAAAGUUUUCAUGUGUAUUGUGAGCAGAAGUUUCUUUAACAAUACUAUGAUUGAUAUAUGGCACAUUCUGAUCAAUCCUUUAAAAGUUGGGGGGUUUUCUCUGAACUAAAAGUUCAGAAGACCCAAGUUUUAGUAUAGUGCUGAUACUUAGCUUUUUGAUCUUAAGUUCUGUGGUUCUAUUUUUCUCAUAUGUAAAACAGAAAUAAUAAUUUCUCUCUUACCACUACACAGUCAUUGUGAUGAUCAAAGGAUCUCAAAUAAAAUCUUAUGUGUGAAAAUGCUAUGCCAAUGUUAGUGAUUUUAUUAAUUUGGAAAAACCUUUUUUCAGGAGUGAAUUAUCAGGGGUUAAAAUCCUGUAAUCUAUGUAAAAUCCAUAAUCUAACAACUACAGACAUUCCCAAUUGUUAAUGAUUUUUAGAAGUCAUAAUAUAGGGGGGAAAUUGUACUUUUAAUAUCCCAACAUCUAGUCAACAAACUAGGCCACAAAACAAUGCAGUCCCUUGUGACGGAGCAAUCCAUCAUAUCAGUAGUUAAUAUAGCCAAGAUAACUGGGUCAACAAUGACACCAGGACACUACACAGCUUGGUAAAAGCUAAAAUGUUCAGUUGUUAAACAAACAGAUUUUUCCAGUUAUUCAGAUAUUUGCCAUCAAGUAAACACAACCACAUACCUACUUUUUAUUUCUGUAAAACUGUAUGUUAAAAUCACUUCUAUCUAUACACCCAUUUCUUGAAGUUUUAUACACAUUAAUAAAUUAAAAGAGCACAAGCAACUGAGUACGGAUUAUUUCUUUCUAUUUUAUAUCUCUAACAGCUAAUAGAGUGCUGGCACAGAACUGACACUUAAAUAAGUGCUUGUUGGCCAAUUACAGAUUUAUGUAUCUCCAUUAUGUAGUAUUUUAUUACUAGUAAGCUGGAAAAUUAGGGUAAGAUAUUUAAUUGUUUCAGAUCUUGGUCAAAAAUUGGGAAAUUUGCUUUAUGCACUCUUUACAAACCAUUUAUUUGUUCACUCCAUUGCCUUGUAUAUAACCCUUUAUGUCAUCACUCACAUUACCAAAGUUGCUUUUCCCUCCCUCUAAUUAAGAGCAGUUAUCAAUAAACUAAUUAAAACUUCAUUGACACUAAAAUAUCUCUCCUUUUGAUGUUUCCUCUCCCAUCUUUGAGUUCAAAAAAAUCAAUUGUUGAAGAUACAGUUCCUAUGAAAACAAAAAAAAAAAAGGGAUUUUAGUAGAUUAUAAAUUCAAUAUGAAACAACAGUAAUAUAUGGCAAUCAUAUGUGAUCAUAGGUUUUAUUCAAGAAGUAUAAUGUCUAGAAAAAGAGAGAAGUUUUAAAAUUACUAUAUUCUUCCCUGAUUAUUAUGUUCAUUGAAGUCAUCAAGUAUCAGGAAGGAUAGUGACUGACAAGCUGUAGCUUGCCCACAGUAAAAUCUCCUAGACUGGUGAAGGGAAGGUAUCAGGAAUAAGUUAGAUGGUUUCAAUUAUUGGGAAAAAUCGUCAUGUCGAGACAAAUUAUGCUUUUCUGCUUGGCAUCAAAGGGCAGAUUAAGAGCAAUGAGUGAAAGUUAUAGAGGGACAGGUUUUAGCCAAAUAUAAAGCAAUAGUCUUAAGAAUUAGCUGGGAAGAAGCGAAAUUCCCUGAGGCUAUUUAGGGAAGUACUGAGCACUAGAAGUCUUCAAGCAGAGAAUAAAUGACCACUUUAAAAAUAUUAUAAAGGAAAUUUUUGCUUAUUUAUGAGUUGAAGUAGAUUAUCUGAUAUUCUCUGAUUCCAAGCCUGAAAGUUAAAGCAAUAAUUUAUACAAUUCUAUAUAUCUCUUAACUUGCUACUGCUGAGUGACAUUAGCCAGAUUUACAUAAUAUAAACAUUUUGCUUAUGAGACAUUUCAGAUAGUACUUCAAAAAAGUAUUUUUUUGUGCCUAAUUGCAAGGAAAAUGGGAAGGAGGAAGAUAAGGAGCAAUCACAUAGUUUGAAUUAAUCUGGAGCAAAUGAGGAAUGAUACAGAUGGCCCUCAUUUCCAUGGUCAAACCAUCUAAAUCACCAAAGAUGUGAAUCUCCCCUCUGUAAACUGACACUAACGCAUUCCCUUGCCAACAGGCUCCUCUUGAUGUUUUCAUUUCAAAAUCCUCUUUCCUACUUCUAGAACAGAUGCUUAUAGACUCUUCAAAAACCUACACACAAGGUGGUGAAAAGCCAUGACUUCUAGAAAAAAAAAGUCAAGGCAACAGGGAUAGAGGAUCCAUAGGUCUGGCACUGCGGACAACAUUCCAAAGCAAGUGCAAAAAAAGACAAAUGCCAUUUUCAAUUGUUGUGAUGCUAGUAGAGUAGAAUGGAGACUGAACAGGGAGACAGAGGACUUGGAUUCAAAUUCUGACACUACAACUACCUUUGUGUUCUUUGGUGAGCUAAUUUCAUUUUUCUGGAUCUCCACUUUCUUGUCUAUACAAUAUGACUGAGUUCCCUUCUACCUCUUCAUAUCACAUUGUGAUCAAAAGUCCCCUGAGAAAUAUGUCUAUUCUAUUUAGCAUAAUGAAUCAGAAUGAAGACUUUGAAAAAAUCUGAUUGCAGCCCCCAUUGAAGAGAUUGAUGAAUUCUGGCUCCCAUCUUCAGUCAAGUUUGCUAACCUUACAUGAAAACAAUAAUCCUGAUGUAGUGGGAAAAGAUUGUAUUGAAAGGAAAGGGGUUAAAAUCCUGUAUAACAGGAGGUGGGUACUAAGCUAAUCAUAUUCAUCUAUGCUGAAGAGUCUCAAGAUCAGCUGUUCUUGACUAGGGAAUAGGGGAGACACAUCUGAUUUUGUCAUCUGGCAAUUCUUUAAGUCAAGUCUAAAUAUAAACACUGACAACCUAGGUUUGGCUGUCUUAAUGCCCAUUUGUCAUACUCUAUAAUCAAACUUCAGCCAUUUUUUUUGACACACACAUAUAUACACCUCCUGCUAGAUCUCUGAUCCUAGUGCCAUCUUUUAGUAAACACGAUGUCAUAGCAAUUAUCCCUGCAGUACCUGGCACAUAGUAAGCACUUAAUAAAUGCUUUUUGACUAAUUGACUGAAAUUUAUGUGGUAUUUUACAUUUUUUCAAAGUACUUCCAUAAGCUCAUGAGCUUCACAGACUUUUUAAAAAUUGAAUAAGAUAUU